AUGUCGUUUCAGAGCGUUCUGCCUCCUGCCACCAAGCGACCAAGGUCUCAGGCACGAUGGCCGAGUCCAAGCAGACAGUCUCUCUAUGCUCUUCGCGAGAAUUUUGAACUCUCCACAUGGCUCCUGCUGGGAGCUCUACUCCAGUCUAUUGUCGUCUUUGUCGUCCCACCGCGGUAUGCCACCAUCCCGCUGAUAUUGGUGCUUGGGACACGUGCAGCCAAUGCCAUGGCCAUCACGUGGGGUUGGAAGAGAAAUCACUAUCUGGAUGAGGCGAUUUUGCAUCGCACCUCUCCUCAGAUACCCGACGAAGACGGCAACUUCCAUCAAAACUCGGCUGAGGAAAAGGUGGUCGUUUUUCUUUUGGGCGCCAAGGCAAACCACCCGUUGGGCAUAUUUGGCCCGAACCUCAAAACCCUGGGGGAUUAUGCUACGCAGAUGUAUGCCGAGCUGGACAAGACGGCGCCUGAUAGUGGAUUCUAUGGCGGUUCCUCAUGGACCAACCAGGACAAGAACGGUGCCACCGAGUUCCUCUUUCUCAGCUACUGGCGGUCCACCGAAGACAUCCACAAAUUCGCAUACGGACCCCUCCACCGUGAGGCUUGGGACUGGUGGAACAAGACCCUUGAGCAGAACAACCACAUCGGCAUCAACCACGAGAUCUUCGAGGUCGAUCGGAAGCAUUGGGAGGCCAUCUAUGUCAAUUUUCAGCCCACCAACCUGGGGGCUACGACUUAUCUUCGCAAGGGCGACAAGUUGAUUGGGGGGACUGUCGAUGACCAGUGGGUAUCACCCCUGAUGGACGCGAGACGAGGCAAGUUGAGGAGCAGCGCUGGCAGAUUGGGUCGCGAUCCGGGCCAGCUCUAUGAUAAGUACCAAUUGGCGCCAGGUGCGACUCGGGAGGAGGCUUGA